GCCAAAACAAAAUGUGCCAGCGUCCGAGUUGUCCGACUCCAAAAUCCAGCUGUCCGCCCAAGCCAUCUCCGCCGCCAUGCAGGCCCGGGCCAACUCUCUGGACCAAGCUCAACUGCCUGCCCUGCAACCGACUGUUCUUCUUUGUGGUCGGCGUCGGCAUUGGGCUGUACUACGACCAGAUGAAGCAGGGAAUGAAAAAUGCACGGGAAGAAUCGGCCAAGCAGGCUCAGAAGACCCCCAAAGAGCUAGAGAAGGAGAAAAAGGAACGCGAGAAGAAGGAGAAGGAGAGGAAGGAAAAGGAGAAGAAAGAGAAGGCCCAGCAAGAGAAGGAGCGCAAAGAGAAGGAGCGCAAAGAGAAGGAGCGCAAAGAGAAGGAGAAAAAGGAAAGCAAAUGAGAAACAUUUCUUCUCGCAAAACUAGAAAUUAUCAGUUCAAAAUUUAAUUGCAAUAAACAAAUUCUUAAGAUUAAAA